GGGCGGGCGUUGUCCGCCGGAGCCAAGCCCACAGGAGGACGUCGGCUUCAGCAGCAGCAGCCAGUCCGCUCCGCUGCUACCGCCCGAGUCCCCGGAGUUAGCCGCGGAGCUAACAUGAGCUAACAGGCGCAGCCAGCCAGCAGACUGCUUUUAUGUUUACCUCCUCUCGCUCAGCUGCCGUCUAUCGUUCCGCCCGAGGGGGGAAACCAUUUAACCCACCGGAAUUAUCGCUCUGCGCUUUGUCGCGCCUGGAAUCCCUUCACAGCCUUCGCCGCACGAUCCCGCCGCCCGCCCAACCUUGACCUUUCACCCCCCGUCCACGCCGAGCCAUGGCCGCCGCGAAGCCCAAAGGACAGAACUCCCUGGCCCUCCACAAAGUGAUCAUGGUGGGCAGCGGAGGCGUGGGGAAGUCGGCCCUCACCCUCCAGUUCAUGUACGACGAGUUCGUUGAAGACUACGAGCCCACCAAAGCAGACAGCUACAGGAAGAAAGUGGUGCUGGACGGAGAGGAGGUGCAGAUAGACAUCCUCGACACAGCCGGCCAAGAGGACUACGCCGCCAUCCGGGACAACUACUUCCGCAGUGGCGAGGGCUUCCUCUGCGUCUUUUCCAUCACAGAGCUGGAGUCCUUUGCAGCGACGGUAGACUUCAGGGAGCAGAUCCUGCGGGUGAAGGAGGACGAGAACGUGCCCUUCCUGCUGGUCGGCAACAAGUCGGACCUGGACGACCGGCGGCAGGUCAGCGCGGACGAGGCCAAGGCGCGGGCCGAGCAGUGGGGGGUGUGCUACGUGGAGACUUCUGCCAAGACCCGUGCCAACGUGGAUAAGGUCUUCUUCGACCUGAUGAGAGAGAUCCGAGCGAGAAAGAUGGAGGACAGCAAAGAGAAGAACGGGAAGAAGAAAAGUAAAAGUCUGGCUAAGAGAAUCCGCGAGAGAUGCUGCAUUUUAUAGUGGCGAAGGAGAGCAGGCUAGCUGCUGGUGUACAUGUACAUUUCUCAGACUUUUGCAUUUCUUUUAGUGCCCAGACCUGACCGUGACUUUCUGUUCCUGGGUGAGGGGGGGGUAAAAAACCGGGACCCCCCUGGCGGUGCGUCGGGGUGGGGAAGUAGUGAGGCGGCACUUCAUACGCCAUUUUUAGCUCUUUAACUUUUUACGUGCUGACACUCCCAAUCAUUUCUGAUUCAUCUAAUCUCUCUUUCUUACUCUCAAACCACAUGGCAGAGUUUUAAUAGAGUGGUGUUUUUUUUUUUUUUUUCAUUUGGGGCCUCAGGCCUGCCGAGAAGCGACACCCAACCCCCCACACCCGAAAGCUCCCCAAAACGUUUUUAGGCGUAACGCGCGUCGGCAUUGUCGUCAGACGGCCGUACGGGUGUGAGGUUAACAAGAGAAGGAUCGGGAACAUUUCAGAGCCGAGGUCGAAACCUUCAAACCGCGAAUGGAGUCCGCCGGCUUUGCUCGGCAGGACUCGGCAGCAGCAUCACGUCCGAGUUCGAGCGCCGCCAAGUGAGUCCGCUUCACACGGGUCAGUCUGGAAAGGGUUUUAGCGCAUUAACCGCAGCCCAGAUUUGUUGCCAUUCCUACUUGUUUUUAAUUUUUUUUGUGCGAUAACAUGCUUUUAAACACUACUUUCCUUCGUUUUUUUUUUUUAACUCUCCUCCAUGUCAAGCACUGUAAAAUAAGCGCACUAGGUUUGAACAUUUCCUUCGUUUUUUUCCUGUCGCUUUGUCUUCUUAAAAAAAAUAAAUAAAAAUGCACACCGAUCGCUACCCUAAAUCCUCGGAGGGAUUUUCGCCACACUUGAACGCCCUUCAACGCUAACAUUUUUAAGAGUUUUACCUCGCCGACGUAAAGGAACUCCAUUGCCUUUUUUUGUGAUUGAGGGAAUCCCUGGUGCUCUGAUUUCAAAAAAAGGUGAUUCCAUAACACUACGCGCAGCUCCGAUCACUAAAACACUUUGCUUCCAGACAAGCUGAACUUCUCCGUGGCUCUUAGUUAGCAGCUUUCUAAUACACUAGCUCUCGUUUAAAUGUAUUGUUUGUGGAAUAGUUUUACCAGACUGAAAAACAAGGGUUGAGUUCUAAAAUGUUGCCUCGUUCCAAAAACAACGUUGCUGUCAGCAGCCAAAGAAAACUGCUAGUAAAUACAAAAAAAACAGGGUUCCUACACAGUCUCGCAAUGCUUGGAAUUUGGUUGUUUUUUUGCAUUUUCCUGGUACUGAAUAAGCACACCAGUCCUGCAGUUUAACACGCAAUCGCUCCCGCGGCCUGGCAGCUUCUUUUACGAUUGUCGCUUUAUAAUCUGGGAAAUGCUGAUCUGUGUCCAUAAAAACAUGACAUUUUUUUUUUAAUGUGGGGGAGUGGGGAAAAAAAUCUCUGGAGAGUAGAAAAUGUGUAGGAGCCCUGAAAUAAGUGCCCACUUGUUUAACUCCAGUGAAUGAACGUAAAACGUCAGCACUACGAGGUGCGCAGACCAGUGGAAGCAAAUCAGUUUCACUGGUGAAAAGGAGCGAGCGGUUCUGAGGGCUUUAGUAAUUCUUGUGCAGUGCGUCACUGUUGCCUCUCUGUCCGUCGUGAAUGUGAAUAAUCCCCCCCGCCCCCCCUCCCCCUGUACUCAAACUGUAAUCCUAAACUGCCAGUGCUUUGCAGAGCAUAGAAGUCGUUGACGUUCUACUUUUUUUUUUUCUUUUUUUUUUUUUCUGUCAGCUGCAUCCUGUGCGCGGUUUCUCUGUAGCAUCUCGGCCAAAACUUCACGCGUUCCUUGUUCAGCUCUCGGAAACUGGAUGAUUUGAGAGGAAAGUUGACGUUUGGAGUUGCGUAAAAAAGGAACCGGCUGCACUUCAUCAAAUAUUCCAAGAAAAGUAGCGCCCUGUACCCCUUUAUUCCUGGCUCAUAAGACUGAGCCACACAUUUCUUUUAUAUGUUCCCCCCCCCCAAACAGCCACUAAGAGGUUGUUGCAAACUUCCAAUCUGAUCGUGUUUUGAACUAUUGAUGUGAGAGAAAAUGCAGUUCUGGUCAGAGGGUUACGGACAAUCAUCAUAGGCAAGGAUUUUUUUUAUUUUUUAAUGUUGCAUUUAAGCCAGGCAUGCCCAAAGUGUGGCUAUUUGUGGCCCCUGUGCUGAUUUUGGAUGCCCCCCUCUCCAAACUGAAUUUCAGGAAAGAUUUGGUCCAGGUGGCUGAUUUAGUUUUUAAUUAGGGCAAACCUAUUACGGGAAAGUUAAAAUAUUACAUUUGAAAAUGUUACGUACAAAACAAAGUACGUGGGCAGGACUCUUCUUUUAAUAAACACUCUUUUGAAAUCCUCUUUAAUUUCAUAGUAACAUCUAUCCAAUGAUAUUUAAUUACUCAAAUGCAGACUUUGGUGCAUUCAUAUCUGCUUUGAAUUCAAUUAUGAAAACUGGCUAAUUACAGCAAAUGUUUUCAAAGAACAACUGACCCAAAUGCUGUUCUUAUAAUGCGAGACCAAAAAGAGUUCAGUUUAUUAUUGUUAAAUCAGAAUCAGACAUACUUUAAUAAUCCCAGAGGGAAAUAACUUACUUACAUUACAAAAGAGUCAAAUUUGAUUAUUCAGAAUGAUUUGCAAACUGGAAGACCAUCUUUUAAUAUCACAAAAUAUAAAAAAAUCCUUUUUUUUAAAUUCUGGAUCUACAAUGAUUUUCACAUUAAUUUCCGUCGAAAAAUCUGACUAAUUAAAACGAUCAUAUUUUGUGAAGCAGGUAGAACAUUUAAAGAAUUUUUCUGGUUUAAAGAAAGGUUAAUUUUUUGGCCCUCGAGUUCCUUUGACUUGACAAUUUUGGCCCAUGUACCAAAAAGUUUGGACACCCCUGAUUUAGGCCAUCAUCUUUGCAGAGUGGAAUGAUUAUUAAGCAUCAGGGCUGGGCGAUAAAUCUAUUUGAUCGAUUAUUCCGAAUUUACAAUUUUUAUUUUUUUUAACAUUUCAAUAAAAUUUUAUUUA